AUGGUGGGUGGCAGCGGCGGCGAUCGGGGCGAUGGUGGUGCUGCUGGGCAGGACCAAAGACCGUCACAACAGCAGCAGCGACAGCAGGAACAGCAGGAACAACAACGGGAACAGAAAGGGAGCAGAGGAAUCUCCUUUAGCCUCGGUGGCGUCAAAAGUGGCAGCAACGGCAGCAACGGCAGCAGCAGUAGUGGCAGUAGCAGCAACCGCAGCAAGAAGCCCAUCUCAUUUGCACUCGGUGGUGGAAAGACGAAGCCAUCGUCGUUGUCAUCGUCAUCCUCACGAAGGACGAGUAGAAAACACGGAAGCAGUCGUCGCGAUGAUAAGGACGACGACGACGAUGGCGAUGACUAUGAUGAUGACGAUGCUUCAGGCACUGCUGGGAGCGUGCAGUUCCUCUCAUCCUUUGAUGAUGCGCGGCCGCUGGAAGAAGUGAGAAAGUCGCAGAAGGUGGACCUUGUCAUCCCGCUGCAGAAGGUCAACGCGUGGCAGGACCCUACCGCAGCGGAGAAGGCAGCGGCAGAGGAAGCGGAGCGCGCAAAGCAGAACGAAAAGGAAAAGGAGAAGCACAUGACGGCGGAGGAGAAGCUGCGUGCUGCCCUUGGCAAGCAGAAGCAGCAGGAGUCGGGCGCGGCACUGUCUGGGAGCACAGCCGAUGCUGCUGCUGCUGUUGCUGCUGCUGCGAGCAAGAAGAAAACGUUGGAGCAGCGAGCCAUCGAGGCCAUCCUGUCGUCAAAGGAGGACGUCCAAAAGGAAGAGAUUGACGCCAUCCCGCUGCUCAUGCGCAACCGGGCGCCGGGCACGGAGCAGGCGCAAACGGACGACGAGAAGUUCAAGAUGGAUGUGGCGCAGCGGCCAGACGAGUCCAAGCUCGACGACUACGACCGCGUGCCUGUGGACGCGUUUGGCGCAGCCAUGCUGCGCGGUAUGGGGUGGAAGGAAGGGGAGGCCAUUGGCGGGACCUUCCAGGGCCUGAUUGAGCCCAUCGAGUAUGUGCCGCGCAUGAACCGGCUCGGCCUCGGCGCCACGCGCGAUCUUGAGCUCAAACCAGACUACAAGCACAUGGCCAAGAAGUACAUCAAGCCGGGGGAGAAGCGCACCUCCGUGUCGCAGGUGUCGGCCAAGAUUGGCGCAGACGGCCGGGCGCGCAACAUCAAGCGGGCGUCCGAGCAGGUGUAUGAGGAAGAAGUUGUGCGCAUGCAGCGCGGCGCAUACGUGUUCGUUGUCAGCGGUGCACACGAGGGCCACGCAGGAACCAUCACGCGGCUGCAUAACCUGCAAGUUGACGUGCGCCUGGCGCUGAGCGGGGCCGUGAUAACGGUGGACGAGCGGCGUGUGCGGCCCGUUGCCUCCACAGACUACAAGGCCCGCGUGGCGCUGCUGCGAUCGGGGGGCGUCGAUGCCGUCCUCGCCAAGCAAGAGCAAGAGCGCAGGCACAGCCGUCGCGAUGGUGAUCGUGGUGAUGGUGAUCGUGAUCGUGGUGAUGGUGGCAGGGAGUCGAGGCAACUCGACCGGGGUCGUGGCAGUGGACACAGGGAUGAUGGCGACGACGAUGGCGGUGAUGAUGCCGGCCGGUCGAGGAGGCGACGUGAUGGUGGUGGCGGCGACAUGGAUGUGAGUGCGGAUAUGAGAAGAAGCGGGCGCGAGCAAUCGCCUGAGGAUGAUGCGACACGAGGUGGUAGCAGGAAGAAGAAGAAGGAGAAGAAGAGCAAGAAGGGCAAGAAGGGCAAGAAACACAAGAAGAAAGAGAGGCGGGGUGGUGGCGACAGUGAUGAUGAUGACGAUGACUCUUCGUCGUCGUCCCAUGAUACCCGUGAUGCUGAUGACAGGAGACCAAGGGAUGAUACAGACGUUAGAGAUCGUGGUGCAAGCAGCAGCAGCAGCAGCAGCAGCAGCCGAAGGAGAGCCGCAGGAGAAGGCGAGCGCGGUCGUGACGGUGGCGCGGAUGAUGCCAGUCGCAAAAGACGCCACAGAGCAGCAGCAGUUGUGCUUGGUGAUGAUGACGAUGAUGAUUACCGUGGUGAUGGCCGGCAUCGUGGACACGGUAGUGCGCACAUCUCCAAGCGCCCCAAGCGCUCAACCUCAUCCAAGCGGCAGCCAGCGAUAUGGGUGUGUCCCGAUAUUCGUGUUCGCAUCAUCAGCGAAACGUUUGCACGCGGCAAGCACUACAACCGCAAGGUGCGGGUGAUGGAUGUCAUGUCUGUGGAUGAGAUCACGUGCAUCACCGACGAAGGCUCCAUGCUUGAAGGCCUGCGACAGCGCGACUUGGAGACAAUUGUGCCCAAGCAGCCAAAUGCGCGCGUGCUCUGCGUUCGCGGUAACCACCGCGGCGAAGUCGGCAGAAUGUUGGAGCGCAUUCGCAAGAAGGAGCAAGUUGUCGUGCAGUUUGAGGACGAGGACAACGAGACAUGCGUCGUGUCCUUUGAUGAUGUGUCUGAAUACCUGGGCCAAGAUAGCGGCUUCUAG